AAUACGAGAAAAACAAUACCUGAAGUAGGAAAAGGGAAUAAGAUCAUAUAAAUUAAAAAUGAGUGGUUUUGGUGGAAGCAAUGGAUUCACUUUUGUGGCUAUACUAUGUUGGUUUGUGAUGAUAUUUCUACUAUCCGAUAGGGAGUGCGAAGUGGGAUGCGCGAAGGCUUCGGCGGUAGUUGGAAGGAUCUCUUCGGACGACCUUGUCAGUUAUGGGCGGCGGCUGAGGUCAGAUCGAUGGAGAUUGCUAGGAUGACCUCGAUCGGCGGCGACGUCGCCCAACAGCGGCGGAGCAGGGAUGAAUUCCGUCCUGGAACAGCUCAUGGGCAGCAGCGGCUGAUAGCACCGAUUCCAACCUGGACGAGCAGACCUGUUGUUGGCUUUGAUCUGGACCGGCGAACUGAUAAAGAGUACCCAGGGGCAUGCCGUGCGAGCUUCAGAUGUGCAUUGCAUCUUAGGCCAACACUGCGGACUGUCAGAAGAAACAUUUGCGCUUGUGGAUGAUGACUCAGGUACGAGAAACCUUCACGGCACAAACAUCAUUUUUGGAGAAGGGUAUCAAAGAAAUUGCAAUUCCAAAAGGAGAUAGGGUUGAAGUUGAGUAGCAUGAUGGAGAUCACAUUCCCGUUUACCACAAAAAGAGUUUUACCCCAAUUAAGAAAUAGAAUUAGAGAUACAUUAUAAACAAGAAGUAUAUUUAAACAAAAAAUUACCUCUCCUGAGUCUGUCUCAAAGUCUUGUGCACAAUCCACACAAUGACAUGGCAGCCAGGAUAUGACACUCCCAGUGUCAAGUACAACCAUAAAUGAAACCAGAGGUGUCCCUACACGUAUUUGGGCGUAAUGCAACCUGAAAAAAAAGUGUGAACAAAAUUACUGACAAUUG